UUCAGAGUCGAGUCACGGUGGCGCUGUGCGUGUGCGCGCAUGCGUGUCCCGCCGCGAAUGGUUUCCUGCACGCGAACUUUAUGGUGCCUUCUCCCAAUGGAAGGUGUGCGUUGGGCUUUUCCGUGCGCCGCCUGGCGCCCCUGCCGGGCCGAGUGGCUCCUGGCGGCUCGUUUAGUGCAGCCCGAAGAGAAGGACCGAAUUGGCCAGUUCGUCUUUGCCCGGGACGCCAAAGCAGCCAUGGUAGGUCGACUGAUGAUGAGGAAAUUAAUUGCAGAAAAAUUGAACAUCCCUUGGAAUAAUAUACUCUUGCAGAGAACUUCAAAAGGGAAACCAGUUCUUGUGAAUGAUUCCUUCAGUACUCAAACAAAUUUCAACUUUAAUAUCUCACAUCAAGGAGACUAUGCAGUUCUUGCUGCUGAACCUAAGGUACAAGUUGGAAUUGAUAUCAUGAAGACAACUUUGCCAGGCCGAAGCUCAAUUCCAGAAUUUUUUCGCAUUAUGAAUAGACAGUUUACAGAGAGAGAAUGGAAGACAAUCAAAGCUUUUGAAAAUGAGUGGUCCCAGCUGGAUACAUUUUAUAGACAUUGGGCACUAAAAGAAAGCUUCUUAAAAGCCAUUGGGGUUGGAAUAGGAUUUAAACUACAGCGAAUUGAGUUUAAUAUAUCCCCACUGCAUCUGGAAGUAGGCAAAGUAUAUAGAGAAACAAAUAUGCUACUUGAUGGAGAAGAGGAAGAAGAAUGGGCAUUUGAGGAAAGCAGAUUGGAUGAGUACCAUCAUAUUGCAGUUGCUCUUAAGAAACCACUUGGAUUAAAACCGCAUAAUCCUCAAGUUCUUUCUCAAGGCCAUGCUGAGCUUACUAUGUCACAUUUCACUUUUUUGACAUUUGAAGAUUUGGUAGCAUCUGCUGUUCCUUUGACACCAGAAGAUCCUUCUUACUGGGACAACUUUUGCUCCAAACAAGAGGAGCCACUUCGAAAUAGUAGAAGUUUGUGAUAAUGCUCAAGAAAUAGAAGUGAAAAACGAAGACUUAAAAAAAUCCCAGGGUCACCCAGAAAAUAGCUAAUUAAAAGAAUCAAAUGAUAUUUCACAAAGUUGAACCAAAUUCUGGGAGGUAAAAAGGAACCCAUGAAUGUAAUUUGGGACCUAGAGACAGACUUAUGGUUUUACUAAUACCACGAUGGGACAACAAUAUAAAUUCACUGUAUGUAUUGUUGCAACUAAAUGACCUUGUCUAAAUUGUUUAAAAUAAGGUAUUUUGGUUAAUAAGCAAGUAAGUAUUAGUUAAGUACCUACCUACUAUGUGCCAAACAGGGCUAUUUGCUAGAGAUGCAUAGAAGAAAAUGCAAUAGUUCCUUUUUUUACUGGAACAAAUAAAAAAUUUUACUAUUUUUUAAAUAAUGUUAUUAUUUGCCAUUAAGCAUCUUCUUAUGAGUUACCAUGCAAAGCAUGUAGAAUAGUAAAAUAAUUUUGAUAAUCAAACAGGUGAUGACAGUCUUUACAUAUAUUCCAAAGAAAAACAUUAAAAAUCAGACUAUCGUGGCAUAUCUGCUUCUUUGGUCAUGGCAUUUUUCGUAUUUGUAGUACCAACCUUAUACUAUUGUUAUGAGGUUUAAAUGAAAUAAUGUAUGUAAAGUGUUUUGAAAACUUGAAAGUAUUAUUUUUUAAGCCAACUAUUAUUAAUUUGUUAGUCACCUCUCCUUUUUCACAUUUUUAUUAUUUUAAUUUGUAUUUUUCUGAUUCUUAGUGAUUUUGACAUUUUUUCAGAGGACUACUGAUAGUUUGCAUUUUCUGUUUUAUGCACUGUUCAUAUCCUUUAAUCAAUAAGAUAAUUAUAGAGGCUCAAUCUUAAUCUUCUCAAAAGAAUGGCUCUUAGUUAUUAGAGGUCUUUAAUGAAAACUCCCUUCCCCCCAACUAUUUCUUUUUUUAUCUGCAUUGAUUCUGUUUGUGCAAAAAGUUUCACAUUUUGUAUGAUAGAAAAUGUUUGUAUAAUCUUCACCUUUCUAUGUAUAUACCUGUGUAUAAAUUCUUUCUCAAAAUUGUGAGAACUCUAUAGCUUUUUUGGUAUGAUUUUUAUGAUUUUAUGGUAUUAUUUUAAUAUUAAUAUAUUUUAUUAAUUUGAAAAUUAUUAUGGUAUUAUUGUAUUAUGCUGGUUCAGAUCUUGCCAACUUUCCUAGCAGUUUCGGUUGAAUAGGACUUUAUUCUUGGGGUGUGAGGAGAAAUGGGCAUCUCAUUAAAUGUGAGACUGUUACAUGUAUUUGCUUCUAGAUUUGCUUAUACCGUAUACUGUUCUGGUGAUCUCCUUUUUAUUUUUCAAUCUAAUACCAGAUGGUUUUGAUCAUUUGGGUGGGUGGUUCAGGACCUGUAAUUUCAUGUAAUGACCAAACUUGACCAAAAGAGAAAUGAAAACAUACCCUCUUCAUUUCUUUGUAGAGUUGGGGGACUGUCAUAUAUUUUUUUAGUGUAGCAUUUACUUUUUUUGUGAACUAUGUUUUUACCUCCUCUUUAUCCUAUUUUUUUUGGGGGGGAGGGCAGGGCAGUGACGGUUAAGUGACUUGCCCAGGGUCACACAGCUAGUCAGUGUCAAUUGUCUGAAUCCGGAUUUGAACUCAGGUCCUCCUGAAUCCAGGGAUGGUGCUCUAUCCACUGUGCCAUCUAGCUGCCCCCUAUCCUAUGUUUUAAGGGAUGCCUCUGUGGGACCAAGAAAGGAGAAAGAUAUAUUGGGAAAUGUAGGUGAAGCAAAAACAAAAGAUAACAGUAAAAAUUUACCUAAAAAUUAAAUAUGAAGAUGGUAAUUGAUUGCAUCAGUCAAUUGCAUCACCAUACCACUGUUUUGAGUAACUGAUAGACAUUUGUCAGGUGAAAACAAUCAAAUGCAGGAAGUGUGAGCUAGGUGUGAAUAGUGCUUGGACAUCUUUGUUUAAUUAAGAUAUUUCAACUAGGUAUGACAAAAAGUCUGUUCAAAUUAGUUUAAAGACUUUCUAAUGUCUAUUGGGGCUUGUAUAAAUCAAGAAGGUAGUUGGGAUUUAAAGAUUCAGAUGUUUAAGUGCUUAGUGGUAGAUGCUUUUAGCAUAGCACCUGAGAAGGAAUCGCUUAGGCAAGGAGAGUGCUUCGGCUUCAGCUGUGCCAUCCACCUCUGUCUUGGUUUCAACUCCUUACCUUCCACUUUGGAUAACCUUAUGAACUUCUCAGGACCAGAGGACUUGGAUUUGUUCAUUGGUGGCCAGUAUUGGUUGGCAUUAGAAACAGAGUGGAUGUGAUAAGGAAAGACAAAAUCAAGGCCCUAAAAGGGGAGCCCAGCAGAAAUAUUACCAUUCCCAAGGGAACAUCUUCAAGGAGUUAUAUUAUCCCUGAGACACUUGCUAAUAUUUUAUUUAAAAUUUUUGUUUCAAUAGUAAUAUUGAUCUAUACUUUUCUUUUUCUGUUUUGACUCUCCCUCGUUUAGGUUUUAAGACUGUAUUUGUUCAACAGAGGAAAUUUAAGAAGACACAUUUUUUUUCCUGUUUUUUUUCUCAAUUCUUGUAACUUUGGAAUUAGGUUUUUUUUUUAAAUGUUUGGUAGAAUUUGCUUGUAAAUCAACUUUGUCCUUUUUUUCCUUGUGAGUUCAUGCAUGUCUUGCUUAGUUUCUUUUCCUAAGUUAGAGUUCUUUAAUAUAUUUCAUAUUCAUCUAAUAAUUUGUAUAUUUAAAUAUUCAUCUAUUUUAUUUAGAUUGUCAGUUUUAUUGGCAAAUAGACAAAAUGGUACCUGAAAAAUUAUUUCUUCUUCUUAUUGUGAAGUCAUCUUUUCCAUUUUUGAUAUAGAUAAUUUGGUCUUUUUAAAUCAAGUUAGCUAAUUUUUUAUCUAUUUUGUGGUUUCCUUGUUUUAUUUAUUCAGUGGAUUUUGUUUUGUUUUACUUUUAGUUUUGUUAAUCUCCUUUGAUUUUCAGAAUUUUCAUGUUGGUAUUUAAUUGGGAUGUUUAAUUUGUUGGUUUUAAAAGCUUAAAAAAACUUACAUGUCAAAUUCCUUCAUCUUCUCUUUUUCUCAUUUAUUGAAAGUGUUUGAGGUAAAUGUUCUCUAAGAAUUGCUGUUGCUCAAAAAUUGGGUAUUUUGUCUCUUGUU